AUGCCCCCUCCCGUGCUCGAGAGAUACCCACAACAUCUCCAACUCGCCUCUCUUUCAUGGGAGACUACAGUCUUGCCACCGAAGCCAACCUGCCCCCGGGGUGACCCCACGACAGGCGGUUUCCAAGCAAUUUGUUUGCCCUGCCCGGUUUAUGGUUGCUGUUGUUAUGGGAAUAAUCGCACCACAGCGCGGACCAAGGCCUUUCCUUAUAGCCUUUGCAGACUUCCUGAGAAAACACCGCGCGUCCCUCGCCUUCGCCGGCGCGGCCUGAGAACUCCCCCCACCCCAGCCCGGUCAGGAGCCGCCGAAGUAUCCUGGCUAGCUAUGAGGAUUCCAAACCAUUCCUUGAUGGGCCCUUUCAGAGGACAUAUGAGUAUUAAAAGCAGUCCCUUUUCUCCAAGUUCUUCCUGCAAGCUCUCAAGCCAGUACAUUGUUCAAGAUCACAUGGCUAUGCAUUACAGAAAACUGCUCACCGCCAAAGCUGCUGUUGAUUCAUCUGCUCCAAAGAGUUUGAACACAAGCAUUAAAUACAGAGACCAACAGAAAAGAGAGAAGCUCAUCAAAGCUGUUGAAAAAUUCAAGAAAGAAGUAGCAUUGAUCCAUUCUAUGCCAUCAGGUCAUUCUAGAGGUGUUUCCACUAAGAAUCAUAACCAGUUACCAAAUCACCUGAAUUUGGCUCCAAGAGCAAGAUCGUCUCCUUUAAGAAAAGAGGAGCAGAAACCUUCCAAACCGUCCAAGAAAACAUAUGCAAGUCUCCAGCCCUCGAUUUUGAAGGAAGAAGAUAUUCAAGGUCCAGUCUUAUCUCGUACAUACAGAAAUGCACUCCAGCCAUGUGCAUUAUCUCUUUCCCUGUUUCCUGGGAAAUUGUGUCAGAGCCCUAAGAAGAAAUCUACUAGUGGAGAUCUACUGGACACACAUGCUGAUUGGUUUACAGAAACAAAGCAGCCUUUUACCCCAAAGCUCUUAAAAACAGCAAGUAAAUCAUUUCUUUCAAAAUAUAGAUAUUAUAACCAUCCGUGCAGGAAGAAAAGCUUUUCUCCUCAUACACAAUCACACAAAAGAUCAAGAAAUGUUUACAGGUCUAUGGAUAAGGAGCGGCUAAGAGCUUAUACGGAAGACCCUCCAUGCCAUCCACUCAAGAACCAUUCUGGGAACUCGACUACUAUUCAAACACUUCUUCGUGCAAAAAAUGAAGAGUUGAAGUACCUGCAGUUGCUUCAAGAAGUUACAAAUUAUAUUUUGCUUAGAAGUUGUUACUGGAAGAAGUCAUUAGGUGAUAUAAUUCGGAUGCAUAUUAUCAACAGGUGUGACCUUGAUGAGGUAAAAAUACAAAGAAUUUUUCAAGCCCUGGAGGAAGAUUUGAACAUUUACACUCAUCUGCCUGAUCCGUCUGAGUUACACUGCCUUGAAACAUGGGAAUAGUGGCUUUAAUAUAAAUUAUAUAUAGGCCCUAUCUAUAGCCUUCUAAAGUAUCGUAUUCAAACAAGAGUAAAGAUUUCAUAAUAAAUAUAGGAAAAAAAAUUACUAUGCUGAAAGCAAUUUAGAUAGUACAAUAAACCUUAAUUAAUCUGCUAAUACAAAGUGGAUUUCUAAAUUCCUGUAGGCACAAGUAUUUUUGUAGACUAUAUUAAUGAGGUUCUCAAUUCUUAUGAACACCGAUCCUUCUAUGGGCAAGUGUGGCAAGGUGUAAGUACAUAAUUGUACUUAAAUAGCUCACACUACGAUACUUACAAACCUACUUCCCCUGAGUAGAGAAUUAGCACAUGUUGACUAUAAAUAUCUAGACAACAAUUUGGAGACUUAGAAUUUUCUGUGUCUCUUCGCUGCCAUCUAUUGCUCCUCCACAUUUUUGCAGUUCUGGAAUUGUAACUCAUGCAAUUUAUCUCAAAAGAACAGGAAAGCUUAUUUGCUAUCUAAUGGUCUGUCCAGACUUUUGAAGCCUAGCAAUGUUAGCUCUACCAGAACAACCAUCUCAGAUGUUAGAUUGUGAGGUCAAGCAAUAAUUUUAUAAUUUGGAUCAUCUUUAUCUGGCAGCAUUCAUACAUUGAUCUUUAUUAUUUCAUUGUUGUAAUUAUCUGGCUGAAAAGCAAGCUUUUAUUUUAACCGGCAUGAAGACUUUUUAAGUACGGUAGCUUUUCAUCAUGUGAUAUUUAUCAAUUUAUAUAAACAAUUUACACUGUUUCCAUUUACAGUGGGGCAAAAAAGUAUUUAGUCAGCUACCAAUUGUGCAAGUUCUCCCACUUAAAAAGAUGAGAGAGGCCUGUAAUUGUCAUCAUAGGUAGACCUCAACUAUGAGAGACAAAAUGAGAAAACAAAUCCAGACAAUCACAUUGUAUGUAUCACUGCAUUGUUACAGAAAGAUGAUAUCAGCAAAGGGUCAGCAAUGUGAAUCUACCAGAACCCAAUUGCUGAUUUCUUGAAUCAUCAAUAUCUUCUGAUAUUAUCAACUAACAAGACUUGAUUAUCUUGAGGGACUUUGAUCAUUAAAAAAUUAUGGGUUUUUUUGUUUUUGGACAAACAGGGCAUGUUUCAAAAAGCACCUUUGGGACAAUUUUUUUUAUUCCCAUCCAACAGCCUGUAGGGUGACUCCUAUAUGCCAAUUAUUAUAAUUUAUUUGACAUGGUUACCUGUGCCUUAUAUUUUACAGUAGAAAGAUGGGCACAGAGAGAUUAAAUGCAUAUUAAGUUCUAUUUAAUGUUUCAGCUUAAUAGUGAAAUUUUUUAUUUAGAAAUUCUUUAUUUAGAAAUUCUUCUGAAUUAAACAUACUGUACAUCUAGGAAGCUAGAGAACCUUCCAGAAUUCAUUUAGAUAUGUAUAUAGGAAAAAGUACCAUUGUUCAAGUAGAUAUUCCUCUUAUGGUGACCGCACUAGUCUGCUACCUCCCUUAUAUUAAUUCAGUUCCAAAGAGACAGUGUCGGUUUUUAUCAGAAUGAAAGCAAACUGGGAAAAAGAAAUUCAUAUCAGAAAAAUCAAACUGGUUGAUUUCAAAAUUCUUUAACAUUUGCAUCCAUUGCAGGCAUUUCAUUUUCUGAUGAAAAAUGCCAAAAAAAUAAUGCAGAUUGCAGUCAUGUGAUGGUGGGAACAUUGCAGCUGGUCAUAAAUGCAAGUUGGUUGCCAGUGCCUAAAAUGUGAUCACAUGACUGUGAUGCGUAUAUAUGUGUGUGGGAGUUGUAACUUUGAGAAUGGGUUGCAAAUAGCUUUUUAAAAAAUCCAUUGUUAACUUCAAAGAGUUGUUAAAUGAAGGCUUUAUGUACUAUUGUAAUGUCAGAUCUGUGAUAAAUGUUCUUUAUGCAUAUGCGUGAAAACAUAUCAAGAAAUGUUUCUCCUUUGCUCUACAUUUUAAAGGUUAAGAUGUUUCUCUCUCUCCUGCAUUUCCCUCAGGAGCCAAGACUUGAUCAGACAAAAUAUGUAAUCUUUAUCAAUAGGUCAGACUCUCUGUUGUAUUUAACUGUGCUUUUCUUUAUAUACAAAUACCCACAACAAAUUUAAAAUCAAUAUAAUGACAGCAUGAUUUAAAAUGAAUGCACCAUAUAAAUUCCCUGUAGCUUUCUAGGGGAUUAUUUAAUUUAUAUUAGUUACCUACUCCUGUUCUAAGCAAAUUUAGAAAAACCAUCCAUCUAAUUAUCGGAAGAGUCUGUAGAGGUGUUCAAGAUUUAAAUUGAAAAGGUAAGGCUUUUCCUUUUAUCUCAAAAAACCUUUUGGUACAAAAUGUGCAAAGGUACCAGAACAUUUAUACUCUCACUCCUCCAAGUUUCAAACAGGUCUAGAAAGGAACCACAGCAGUGUAGAACAGGGGUCUCCAACCGUGGCCACUUUAAGCCUGGUGGACGUCAAC